AUGAAGCAUGGACCAAUUUACAAGCGGAGUGGAAAGGGGGCUAAAUGGAGGUCAGAAGCCCUGCAAGCGGCAUUUGAAACCGGUGGUGAAGCCGGUACCACUCCUCCCCAUGAUAAUUCUUCUCCUGUAUCACAAUCUGCUGAUCCACCUAACUUAAUUCGAGCCAAUCCGCCAAUCUGUGGAUGUACAACUGCUCGCCUUGAUGCGGCUCGAUUAUCUAGGUGUCUCUCGAUGGGCAGUUGUUUUGAGAAAACUGUUCUCUCCAAAUCUCGAGGUCUCCUUACAGCCCGAGCGCUCACGCCGCUUACCUUACCUCUCGACAAUCACAUCAGCCGUUCUUGGAGUGAUUAUCAGAUCCGGCCGGAAAACCCUAUCUCCCUCACAGCCCCGACUGUCUCUGCUUCAACUGGUCCUUACUGCAGCUGCCAUCAUGCUUUUAUCCGCACUCGGCCUACCUCUGAUGAUGCAGCUUCUUCUGGUUACGCCAGCCAGCCUCGCAUCUUAACUGCUGGAUCUAUUAAUUGCCGUUCAUGUUCAAACUCUUAUAGUAGCUACUACUCGGUAUCUAACGCCACCUCAUCGUCAUCUUCUCCCUGUCUAAUUACGGAGCCACUCCUCCAUCCUCAGUUCACGCGUAGCCUUAGCACUGGCUACUCAAUUCCCACCGUAGGCCACCACUCGCCUGGUCUACUCACAGGCACCUGUUGUCAUUGUAGCAUGACCCAAGCCUCAGUUACUCCAACUACUUCAUGUAUAGGGAACUGCGUUUCUUGCUGUACAGCUUCUGCGGAUAAUGCUGUUGGUGGUGUUGAGCCGUGUCACUGGCGCAUGCUUGACCCUACGAUCAGGGUUGAGCUGACUGCAAUGAAAGCUGAGGAAGCGCAGCGUCGCCCUUUUUGGCCGCCGGUAUUGCAACACUUGACUGGGUAUCGCGAGGCUGAGUUAAUACCACUAGCCUUACGUUAUCAUGCCAUCGCCAUGCGACUUAUUGCUGAGGUAGCUCGAGGUGGCCGGCUAAACGCGCAGGAACGCGAUCGCCGUCGAAACCAAAAGAAGAUGUCUGCCAACCGGGAAGACGAAGUCUUAUCUACGCUUUCAACGCACUCUGUGCCUAUUAUGGGGAAAAUUAUGAAAGAAGCCGAUGGGGAUGACGAUGAGGAGGAAGAGGAGGAUGAAACAGGCCAACCUCGUUGCACUUCUCCAGGUGGCAGCAUGUUGCGUAGGCAGGUAGUCACCAAGUAUUGUGCUGGCCCCUUUCUUGGUGUUGCCAAUGCAUAUCCUCAGUUGGCUUUCGAGAAUCUUAUACCUGUAUUCCCUUCGAUCAGGUGCCCUGACGACUGUAAAUGCUUCGUAUGCACCAAUCUCAUUCGGCAGUCGUCUGAUCCGGAUCAUUCAUUAUCACUAAACAGAUGA